UCUUUCUGUUUCUUUCUCUCUCUCUCUCUCUCUCUCUUGCUUGUUCCAUCUCCUUGACUCCAGCUGCGCUUCCAGUUGAAUCACCAUGGCUGACGUUGGCGGAGCAGAGCCGGCCGUGUCCCAGCCCAAGAAGCGUACGUUUAAGAAGUUCUCGUACAGGGGCGUCGAUCUCGAUGCCCUCCUUGACAUGAGCACGGAUGAGCUCGUGCAGCUGUUCCAUGCGCGGGCUAGAAGAAGGUUUCAACGUGGUCUGAAGAGGAAGCCCUUGGCGCUCAUCAAGAAGCUUCGCAAGGCGCGGCGCGAGGCUCCGCCUGGGGAGAAGCCAGAGCCCGUCAGAACCCACCUUAGGAAUAUGAUCGUCGUUCCCGAGAUGAUUGGCACCAUCAUCGGCGUGUACAACGGGAAGACCUUCAAUCAGGUGGAAAUCAAGCCUGAAAUGAUUGGCCACUAUCUUGCGGAGUUUUCCAUCACCUACAAACCUGUGAAGCACGGACGGCCCGGGAUUGGUGCUACCCACUCUUCUCGCUUCAUUCCUCUGAAGUGAAAAAGAUUCGACGCUGCAGUGGUUGGCAUCAUUGGACUUAGCCGUUCGUUGUAAACGAGCUGUGUUCCCUUCUGAAUGGCGGAAGGGAAGUCCGGGUUCUUCUGAAUGGAGGAAGAAGGAAGUCCAGGUUCAUUGUACUUUGGAAAGUGACGGCGGCAAGUCCUUUGAAAUUCGAAAUGCGUUCUGACAUAUUUUGUCAGAAAAGAAGGGUGUGGAUGGGGUAUUGAAAAGGGUGCGGAAGGGGUAUUGAAGAGCGUGGGGAGAUGAAGAGUGAAAGAGUCGAAGAGGGGAGGAAUGGAUGGCCGGAGAUGAUCUGGAGAGGAUUGUAGUAGAAGGGGGUGUAAGAUCAAUAAGACGGGUUUGCGGAAAUCGUCGACGAGCUUUUUUUUUUUUUUUUUUUKUUGAGCUUUCUUACAUCAUAUGACGCGGGUGUUUGCGGAACGGCUCGUGGAUUAACCCGUCCUCGGAUGUAGGGGCAGCGUUUUAAUGAACGACGUUAAUUUUC